GUCAGCUGUGCUCUCGCGCAGCCGUGUCUGACUGUCCCACUCUCCCACCCCCGGCAGCAUGGCGUCUGGCGAGGAGGAAAGUUCGGUGGAGGAGAAGGAAAACAACAACAAAAGGAGAACAAAAAGCGCCAUCGCGACAGCAUGGCUGACAUUCUACAACAUCGCCAUGACGGCCGGGUGGCUGGUGCUAGCUGUGGCCAUGGCCCGGUUCUAUCUGCAGAGGGGAACCCAUAAAGGCUUGUAUAAAAGCAUAUCUAGAACCCUCAAGUUCUUCCAGACAUUUGCCUUACUGGAGGUUGGGCACUGUGCAAUCGGAAUGAUCCGGACGUCGGUGAUUGUGACAGGGGUCCAGGUUUGCUCCAGGAUAUUCAUGGUCUGGUUUGUCACCAGCAGCAUAAAACAGGUUCAGAAUGAGGAGAGUGUGGUGUUGUUCCUGGGGGCGUGGACGCUGACGGAGAUCUUCCGAUACUCGUACUACACCUUCAACCUGCUCCACCAUCUGCCCUACUUCAUCAAAUGGGCCAGGUAUAACCUGUUCAUCGUGUUGUACCCUCUGGGUGUGAUUGGUGAACUGAUGACCAUCUACGCUGCGCUGCCGUACGUGCGCAAGUCGGCCAUGUUCUCAAUGCGCCUUCCCAACAAAUACAACGUGUCCUUCGACUAUUACAUCUUCCUCAUCCUCGUCAUGCUGUCCUACAUCCCCUUGUUUCCACAGCUGUUCCUCCACAUGUUACGCCAGAGGAGACGAGUCCUUCAUGGUGAGGUCAUCGUGGAGAAGGAUGACUAGAGGCCUGCAGAACCACCUGACCACAACCGCCACAACCCAACCACUCCCACCGCAGACCCACCUGACCACAACCCAACCACUCCCACUCAGAACUCAACCACUCCCACCCAGAACCACCUGACCACAACCCAACCACUCCCACCCAGAACUCAACCACUCCCACCCAGAACC